CACAAAUGUAGGGGAAGAAGAACAACAUAUUGGUAUAGAAUGAAUUUUUCUUUAAACAGAAGAAGCGAAAAAAAAAAAAAAACGAAUGUAUACUGCGGUGCUGCAGACUUUAUUUAGAGUUGACCUCCAAUACAAAAAUCCAUGUAAUCGUAUCCGUACUCGUACUUGUUCGUUUAUCAAGAAAUCAAACCCGAAGGCCUUCCCUGGCUUUUCCUCCCUAUUCAAUUUCUUCUUCGAUCCGAUCCGCCCUCUUCAUUUUCCAUUUUUCUGGAUCUUCUUCUUCCUCCCAGAAAUAUCUGAUACUCUUUCGUUUAUUCUUCUUCCCCAUCACAAAAAUGGAGGGAUUGCCGAUUGAGAAGAAACCCAAGACUAAAAUAGUCUGCACCUUGGGGCCGGCAUCCAGGUCCGUCCCCAUGAUCGAGAAGCUCUUGAAGGCUGGGAUGAAUGUUGCUCGUUUCAACUUCUCCCACGGUUCCCAUGACUAUCACCAGGAGACCCUCGACAAUCUCAGGGCCGCCAUGGAGAACACCGGUAUUCUCUGCGGCCCAGAGAUCCGAACUGGAUUUUUGAAAGAUGGCAAACCCAUCCAACUAAAACAGGGGCAGGAGAUAACCAUAUCUACUGACUACAACUUGAAGGGUGAUGAGAAUACGAUAUGUAUGAGCUACAAAAAGUUAGCUGAGGAUGUAAAGCCAGGGAGCAUAAUACUUUGUUCGGAUGGUACAAUCUCGUUUACAGUUCUAUCUUGUGACAAACAAUUGGGUUUGGUUCGAUGCCGCUGUGAGAAUUCUGCAGUUCUUGGUGAAAGAAAAAAUGUCAACCUGCCUGGAGUUAUAGUGGAUCUCCCAACCCUAACAGGCAAAGAUAAGGAAGAUAUACUAGAAUGGGGGGUUCCUAAUAAAAUUGAUAUGAUUGCUCUAUCUUUCGUUCGGAAAGGUUCUGAUCUUGUGGAGGUUCGGAAGUUGCUUGGAAAGCAUGCAAAGAGCAUUCUUCUCAUGUCAAAGGUUGAGAAUCAAGAAGGUGUGGCAAAUUUUGAUGACAUACUAGCCAAUUCAGAUGCAUUCAUGGUGGCACGUGGUGAUUUGGGAAUGGAAAUUCCAAUCGAGAAGAUAUUUCUGGCACAGAAGGUGAUGAUAUACAAGUGCAACAUCCAGGGAAAACCUGUUGUCACAGCGACACAGAUGCUGGAAUCCAUGAUUAAAUCUCCAAGACCAACUAGAGCCGAAGCCACUGAUGUUGCCAAUGCAGUUCUUGAUGGGACGGAUUGCGUAAUGUUAAGUGGAGAAACUGCUGCUGGAGCAUAUCCAGAACUUGCUGUUAGAACAAUGGCAAAAAUAUGUGUUGAAGCUGAAAGCACCCUUGAUUACGGAGAUGUCUUCAAAAGAAUUAUGGAACACUCCCCAGUUCCGAUGAGCCCAUUAGAAAGCCUAGCUUCUUCUGCUGUUAGAACUGCAAACUCAGCCAAGGCAGCUCUUAUACUUGUCCUAACCAGAGGAGGAAGCACAGCAAAACUGGUGGCCAAGUACAGGCCAGGAACGCCCAUCUUGUCUGUGGUUGUCCCCGAGAUCAAGACAGAUUCAUUUGAUUGGUCAUGCAGCGAUGAAGCUCCAGCCAGGCAUAGCUUAAUUUUUCGAGGCUUGGUACCGGUUCUUAGCACAGCAUCAGCAAGAUCGUCUCAUGCCGAGACAACAGAAGAAGCAAUAGAGUUUUCUAUUCACCAUGCCAAGUCAAAGGGGCUCUGCAAAAAUGGAGAUUCUGUUGUGGCUCUUCAUCGUGUUGGAACAGCAUCUGUUAUCAAGAUAUUGACUGUCAAGUAGGCAAUUUCACCAUUUCGACGUUUUUUUUCCAUUCACCACGAGCACAGAUUAAAUUGAAUAAUUGCUGUGAUUUUCUUCAUUGUUUCUAAGGUUGGUUGAGACCACCACUUUAACUUACGCCUCUCGUGAUAAACAUUUAUCCGAGCAUCCAUAUUUCAGUUUAUGACAGACACUGUUGUGUUAUUUACGUUAUGAAGUAACAAUGUUCUGUUCAGCAAUAAAUUGUUGCCUUUGGCCGGGCAUCUUGGAUGGACAAAGGAUGCCACCGUUUUUGUUUGACUACUGACCAAUUGGAAAGACAUUGGCAUUGUACUAUUGUUUCUGA